AUGACGAAUCAACGUGCAGCGGGGAACGCGUACGACGCCUUCGCGUCGCCCGCGCGGUCGUCCACGGCCAUCGACAUGGAGUUCAGCUCCAUGCAGAGCGCGCCGUCGUCCGUGAUCAAGUCGUCGACCAGCGCGUCGGACAAGACGCUGUACGACCACGACCUGGUCAUGGUCUUCCCGCGGCGCGAGGGCGGCGAGCUCAAGAAGCCCGACGACUUCACGCUGCGCAGCUUCGUGCAGCUCAUGCUGGGCAAGGACGCGGAGCGCAGUCAGCUCGCCAACAAGAUCGUGAUCGACCCGUUCCAGCGCGUGCUGCGCACGUCGCGCUGCUUCCUGGACGAGCGCGGCGUGGACGUGGUCACGGACACGACGAGCAACGACCACAGCGAGUCGGGCGAGCAGCGGCGCCUCGAGACGCAGCAGCAGCUGCUCAAGACCGAGUACGCGCAGUUCGUCGGCUCGCUCGAGGCCACGACCGAGACCAAGUUCUGCGAGCUCGUGGCCACGGCCAUCGCGCGCCGCGUGCAGCUCGCGUGCGGCCUCACCACGCGCAUGUUCCUGAGCUGCGACGCGGACGAGAUCAUCAUGACCAUCAAGGCCGACAACGACGACCUGCGCGUCGAGGCCGACCGCACCAACUACCGGCUGCAGAUCAGCAACAAACCUUUUGACAAGACGCUGCACGACAAGAAGCUGCAGACGCUGCGGCGCGAGAUGGGUGAGCAGGAGUGGCAGAGAUCCAUGGACCACCUGAGGCAAACGCGCGGCUGCGCGGACGAAGGCGCCGACCAGCCCGAGACGGACCCGCUGCUCGUGUCGCGCGGAGACGAGUUCCACCCGGAGCUGCGCAAGGCGCUGGACCGCUGGGGCCACACGGAGGAGGCGGACGGGCUGUUCAUCGACGACGAGAGCUGCCGACGCGUCCAGGGCAACCACUGGGACCGCUUCUGGACGUCCAUCUUCGCGCUGCCCUACGACCCCAUGACGUACUUCGCGCCGUUCGCAGAGUACCGGCACGAGGAGAAGUAUCAGCCGUAUUACCGCCGCUACCCGGUCAAGUGGGGCAAGAAGAAGGAGGAGACGCUGUUCACGCAGAAGGACCGCAUCCGUCUGGCCGAGGGCAUCGUGGACAGGCAUAUCAACACGGACGCGCUGGAGGCCGCGGGGUACUUGGAGGGGCAGAUGUUCGCUCUACAUGACGCUGCAGCGCUCCAUGACCUUCGUCACUCGUGGGCGCUGCACUGGACGAUGCUGUAUCAACCGCUGCACAAGAUCCGCUACUACUUUGGAGAGAAGAUCGCGCUCUACUUCGCGUGGCUGGAGUUCUACACCAAGAUGCUCGUGUUGCCGACUAUCGCGGGUAUUAUCACGUUCUGCUACAUUGAAGCGCGUCAGGCGGUGACGGGUACUAACCAGCAAGGCUACAUCCUGAUUGCGUUCGCUAUCUUCGUGGUGAUCUGGUCGUCCAUGUUCUCGGAGCUGUGGAAGCGCAAGAACGGUAUUCUAGACUCGCUCUGGGGGCUCAGCGGGCUGCACGAGUCGUUCCGUUACCGUCCUCAGUUCCGCGGCACCAAGAGCUACCACCCGACGACAGACGUGGAGGAGGUGACGUACGAGAGCAAGACCAAGCGCCGUCGCGCCUUUGUCGUGUCCGUAAUGGUCGUCACCUUCAUGGUCGGAAUCGUGGUCGUGGCACUCUUUGGUCUGUUCGUGCUGAAGCACUGGAUCAACAACAGCGACAACCUCGAGAACCAUAACAUCAGCGCCAAGUACCAGCAGUCUCUGACGCUCGGUGUGACUGUGGUCAACGCUAUCCAGAUUCUGGUUCUCAAUACGGUGUAUCGCCUUGUGGCUCGCAAGCUGAACGACCUGGAGAACCACCGAACGGAUGCCGAGUACGAGAACUACCUGGUGAUCAAGGUGUUCCUCUUCCAGUUCUGCAACUCGUUCGCGUCGUUCUUCUACAUUGCGUUCGUGAAGCGCUGGGCCGAAGGAUCCUGCCUGUACGAAGACGACUGUAUGAGCGAGCUGCGCGACCAGUUGCUGACGCUGUUCUUGAUCCGAAUCGUGGUGGGCAACACGACGGAAGUGGCCAUCCCGUACUUGAAGUAUCGCUACCAGCUCUUCGCCGAGCGCAAGGCUGCGAACGCGGCUGUCGAAGGCGCCCCCAAGGAGACUGGGGAGGAGAAGGGUGGUCACAACUUCAUCGAGGAGCAAGCCAAGCUUGUGCCCUACGAGAGCAACGAAGCGUUCGAGGACUACAACGAGAUGGUGAUCCAGUAUGGAUUCAUCAACUUGUUCGUGGUGGCGUUCCCUCUGACGCCAUUGCUCGCUCUGGCCAACAACAUGCUCGAAGUUCACGUUGAUGCCGUGAAGCUCUGCUUCGUGCACCGCCGACCGUUCCCCCACCCGGCCAAGGAUAUCGGUGUGUGGUUCUACAUCCUGCGCUUCAUGACGUACAUCGCACUUGGAACAAACUCGGCGCUCAUCUUGUGGACGUCCGACUUGUUCGAAGACCAGGAUGGAACCGUCAAGGCCUUCAGCUUCGUUGUCGCGUGCCAGGUCUGCUUGGUCUUGGCGGUUCUCGUCGAACGUUCGAUUCCUGAUACUCCUCGUGAGCUCAAGCAGAUUACGGAGCGCUUCGAGCACAUCGUGAAUGUGGUCUUCAAGGGUCUGUUUGAGGGCGAUGACUCCAACCUCAACGAAGUGGCGGAGCGCUUGGACCUGCAGAUCUACCCCAACCACCAGUGGGAUGAAACGAAGGUCCACUACACGUAG